UGGCUGCAAGAAUCACAUUGGGAUGGGCGUCCGCUACAACGCCGAGAAGCGGAAGGUGGGCACCUACUACACAACGCCCAUCUACAGGUUCCGCAUGAAGUGCCACCUCUGUGUGAACCACAUUGAGCUGCAGACGGACCCGGCGGGCUGCGAUUACGUCAUCGUCAGCGGCGCGCGGCGCAAAGAGGAGCGCUGGGAUCAGGGGGACAACGGGCAGCUGCUGCCCACCGAGGGAGAUGAGAAGGCCAAGCUGCAGUCGGACGCCAUGUUCCGCCUGGAGCACAACGUGGCCGACCGAGCGGUGCUGCAGCGCGCCGUGCCCACCUUGGCCAACCUGCAGGAGGCUCAGAGCGCCUGGAAGGACGACUUCGGCCUCAACAGCCUGCUGAGACGCCGCUUCCGCGAGGAGAAGCGGGCCCAGAAGGAGGAGGAGGAGGAGGAGGCGGCGCUGAGGAUGAAGGUCGGGCUGAGCAUCCCGCUGCUGCCCGAGGAAGAGGAGGAUCGGCGCCUGGCAGCACUGCUCAAAUAUCACAGCCCGACUGUGGCCUACGAAGCCAACCAGCGGCAGAAGCGCUCCCAGAUCUCCUCCCGCUCGUGGUUCUGCCCCACAGCCCGGGGGGGUCCCAGCAACGCCCCCCCCCCACCGCCCCCCACCCCCCACAGCCCCUCCGCGUUGGGCAUUCCCCAAUGGCCCCAUAGCCCCAAUGGCCUCAAUGACCCCAUUGGCCCCUCCCAUUGCGGGGGGCCGGAAGGGGCGGUCCCGCAUCCGCCGUCGUCACUUCCGGAAAUUCCGCGCCACCACCGCCGGAAGCGCCGCUGUGCGCCCCGCAGCACCGGGCCCAGAACGGCCCCCGGGCCCACCGGAACCGCCUCCGGAUCCGUCACCUGCCCCAGCACCAGGACUCAGAACCGCCACUGCCGGACCCAUCGGAACCAACACCGGGCCCGGAACCACCAGCAGAGCCUUCAGAACCACCGCUGGAUCCGCUACCAGGCCCAGAACCGCCACUGCUGGACCCAGAACCGCCACAGAACCAACACCGGGCCCAGAACCACCGCCGGACCCUUCGGAACCGCCACUGAACCCAGCAGAACCACCACCGAUUCCACCACCGGACCCACAGCCUCCCCCACCGGACCCAUAACCACCCCCUCCCACCACCACCGGACCCAUCGGAACCACCGCCGGCCCCAUCGGACCGCCCCCACCAUCCCUAUAACCACCCCCAGCCCCAUAACCACCUCCAGUCCCGCAACCACCCCAUAA